AUGAAGCGCAACAAUUAUCAGAACGGCAGCUGCCUGAAACAGAGACGAAAGAAACGCUACGGCUGCAAUUGUCGCUUCCUGAUGAUGAAAACUACCCAAGAACUACAACUACUUCUGCACAGUCCUUUCUUUCCUGUGAAGCAGAGUUACACUCGGUCUCCACGAACGCUACAGGGCAAAAGCAAACAGCAAUUCCGCUGUUACACACCGAGGCCUGUCACUGAGCAGCCGCUUCGCCUUUCUAAUCCCCGAGCUGGAGUAAAGGCGCUGGCCGGCGGGCCUGCGCCCUCCGCCGGGCCUGGGCCUCCCGGCAGCCCGGCACGAACCAACCUCCAGCGCUGGGCCGCUGGGCUGAGAGGCCCGGCCCGCUGCUGGAGAGGGCAGGGAGGGGAAGGGGAGACAAGGAGGGGGGAUUACCUGAGCAAAUCGGCGUCUGAAUCCAACGAGAAUCCGAGAGAGGGGGAGAGAAAUCCGCCCCCCUCCCUCCUCAGAGGAGCCGCCGCCGCUGGGCCGCCGCCGCCGCCGCCGAGCAGGAGGAGGAGGGGAGAUAAUAUAACAACAAUAAUCCGGGCCGGGAGGGGGGCUGGCUCCUCUUCCGUCUCCUCCUCAGUGCAGCGAACAUGUAGAGCCGGGGGGUGUGCGGCCGAGGCAAAUCCCUUCCACCUGAGCCUGCUUCACAACAUCAACACGGGCCGGGCCGCUCCGCGCCGAACCGGUUCCGAGCCGCGCUCCGAGCCGGGGAGAGCGGAGGGUGGCCGAGGGGCAGCGCUGCCAAGGGGCCGCCGCCGCAGCCGCUCCCUCCGAGAGUGCGAGCGCAGGAGGGCGGGGAGGGGCGGCUUGGGCACGAACAAAAUGCCGACCGGAAGUGCAGCGGCAGGAAUGACUCCCUCCACCGGCGCCAAACACCAGCAACCUCCCCCUUCCCUCACUGCCUCCUCCUCGCCCGGUUGCUCCCUCGCUCCAGCAGCGCCGCUUCCGCCGCUGCAGCUGGAGGGGCUCCCUUGCCUCGCCUCUCCUCACAGAGCCUCUCCUAGUUCCUGCCUAGUUCCUCUCCUUUCCACACCCCUCCGGCUGCGGCACGACUUCUAUUUUUUUUUUCUUCUUUUCGUUUCCCCCCCUUCCUCCUGCCUUUUGGUGCGCGGAACGAGACCGAAGUUUACGCUUAAGCCUGCGCUGAGGAUUUAUGAAGAAGGAACCGUUGGAAAAAGAAUAGACGUUUUAGUGUUUAUUUUUUGUCCUCCUUAAGCGUGGUAGGGAGGACGAGGAGGAGGACUGCAAAAAUGCUGCCUCGCAGGAGGCAGACUUGGAAAGGGGCCUUAAACUAAACCCUCAAAGGCGGCACCCCUGCGGGUGGGACACUCGCUGGAGUUACUGUCGCCGCUCAUGCCCUUUCUCUGUGGAUGUGAGAGGCCGCGCCGCAGGAACCGAAACACCCGCUGCUCAAUGCAUUGCCGGGGAGAGGGAUUUCCAGAUGGACAUACGGAGCGGGAGUGGCUUUCAAAAACGGGCUUUUUGGAUGAGCACUGGGGAAAAUACUGAUGUUCAGGUGAAACGUCCUUCGCUGGAGGUUGAGGCUCCACCGCCACCAGAUUUACUGGAAAUAUUUUAAUUGUGUGUUGUGAAGGAGCGUUUGGAGAAAGAGCAUGUUCUAAUCUGAAAGACUUUCUGGUGUUCCUCUGUACAGGUAAAACUGAAUAAUCAUAGCACAGGAUCAUAAUGAAGAAUCAUUUAUAUAUCCCAUUAAUUAAUUAUGUCUUUUAGUACUCACUUAAUGUCGUUUUGCUGCUCAGUACUUGGACAAAAAUCCUUUCAUUUCUAGAGGAAGCACUGCUUUUCUGUCGACUUCAGGAAUCAGCUGGACUCAGCUGUAAAUACCCUGUGACAUAUAAACACACCCUUUCAGCUCUGGAUGAAUGUUACUUGCACAAAGGAUAAAAUCUUGCACCAGUGCACCUGGAUCUCUCCAAUGCUUAGGAUUUUUUGAAUAGUGCUCUGUCUUUAAUACGGAUUUCAAAUGCCUCUCUCAAGCUUAAACUACUACAAAAUUCGUAAUUUUGGAUGAAUCAAAGUUUGAUUUAUAAGUGUAUGUGUUUUUGUUUAAAAGUACAGAAAUGAAGACAGCACUGGAAAAUAUGGUAAUUCAGUAGCGGAAAUACUAUUAUCUAAUGGCACAUAUUAACAGGGACAGAGUUAACUGGGUUCUGAAAAAAAUGUAUUACCUUUGUUCUAGGUUAAUAUAAAAGGUCCCAAUCCUAUGAUGGUUUAUGCAUUUAUAACUUGAAGUUAUCAAUUUGAAAUAAAGGGAAAUAAUUGGUGUUGC